GCACGAAGAUACUAUCGAAACACCUCGGGUGGAAAAUAAUCCGAAUGUCGUUUUGAUGUCACAGUCGCGUGUAUGUUUGAAGGCCUGCUCUCCGGUUUGAUCUCAUUCUUUUCUCAGCGCUGCACGAGUGUCCCGAUCGACAUCCCAAUUUGGGAGUCUCCACAGUGGAUUAAAAUCCACACACGACAAACCACUUCUCUCGGCCACUUUCAACCCAUAAACCAAUCUCCUCCACUCAGUGACCAUGACGCUCUGAUACCUAAGCACCUAACGCACUCCCCCUAACUUUCGUUCCACUUCGCUCCACCUUGCCUCGAUCUCCUCCGCUCGGAUGAUGAUAGUUUGAUCUUUCCUGGACGGCGACUUACUUGCAUUGAGGCUCCAUUAUCUCUGUUCCAAUCCACCAUGAUCCGUUUUGAAGGGAUGUCCCCUGAUGUCGUGCAAGCGAUGUGCACGCCUAUGCAUAGAAUACUUCCUACGUCCACAGCCCAGUCGCAGUCGCAGUCUCGGUCGCAAUCCACCCAAUUACAGCAGCAGUCGACUCCAAGUUCUGGCAGUCUCUAUCUCGGUUCCAUUUCUGCCACAAUGGACCGCGACCUCCUCCGUGCUCAUCACAUCACACACCUCGUUCAGGUUCUCGACGUACCAUGGCUUCCUAUCUCAGAAAAAGACGGAUUCAAAUGUCUCCGCAUCGAUAUACUCGACAUCCCCACUGUUGACCUGCGUCCGCAUCUCGAGGGCGCGUGCGGUUUCAUUGCAAAAGCACUUCAAGGAGGCUCAAAUGUACUUGUGCACUGCCAGCAGGGUGUAUCUCGCUCUCCAGCAAUUGUCAUCGCUUACCUUAUUCACGACCUUGGGAUGACUUUUGAUCAAGCUCAUGCUCUCGUAAAACGUCACCGGCCAUGUAUCAAUCCUAACCCUGGCUUUGUUAACGCCCUCCGCGCUUGGGAAGGAAAAUGGCAUGCGCCCCCUGUUGUAAAACGUUUUGCUAGUUACACAGGCUCCAGCGGUAGCCCCAGUGGGAGUGCUAGCGGACAGCCGGCGUUUACGAGAGGUAUGAGUUAUGCAGGUGGGGCAUCUGGUGGUACAGUAGAUGACAACAGCCAUGCAAGAUAGGUAGCCGAGUCUACACCAGAAAUAGCCAUAUGCUUUCGCUUCCAUACAUUUAGUUCAUACAUUUAUCACACGCACACUACACUUUACCCAUCAUCUCACUCGGCGUUUUUCAGUUCCCAGGCUUUUACAUUUUCUGUACUGUCCUAAAUGCGGAUAAUUAGGCUACUCUUGUAUAGAUGUAAAAUAUCUGGCUUGUCGUCGUACACGCUGUAGAUGUCAUGUUUUUCUCUUGCCCUUCAUGUCCUUCGUGUCUCCCUUUCUUUGCUAUUUGGGUACCCGGUCACAUCUGCUCUUUCGCGUUCCGCCGUGGUUUGGUUGAAUGUUUUCUAUGUUAUGGUUUUACUUCAGGUUUCAUGCACUCGACUAUUUAAUUUUCUUCAAUAAACGGGUCUUUUCAUAAUUUAUGUCUAAAGUGGUCCUCUACGGCGGGCAGCUGGGCUAAAUCGGUCAAAGUCUCUGUCGACCUCGACUCCUUAAAAGUCAUUGCUAUGCCUCCCUCCCUGUAGAGACCUAGAAUAAUUCCAUCAUUGCACCCAACCAGUUAUUUGUCGUCAUCAAUCGUGCUUUCAGCAAUUCCUAAUGUGAUCGAAGUAGACAAGAUAUCCAAGUAUGACGCGCUCACCUCAAACGGGAAAUUUCGAGGUUUUUGAAUAUCAAAUACCUUUGACUGAGAUCGACACACCGACGACAUAUGGUGACGUCC